UCGGGAAAUGGAUAGAAAUUUAUACAUAUAUAUGCAACAGUGAUAGAGAUGGAGAGAGAGAGAGAGCCCAGCAAGCACAAAACAACAACCGUUGUCCAAGUCUAGAGAGAGAGAGGCACCAAAACAAGGAAAACAAAACAAAAGAAAACACUGGUACUUCCAAGUCUAGAGAGAGAGAGAGAGAGAAACAGAGAUUGUUGUUGAGUUUAGCUGCAAAAAGCUUAAAGAAAAAGAAAAGAAAAAGAGAAGAAAGAACAAACCCUAACUCUAAAGAAAUGUUUCAUUUUGAUGCUAUGAGCUGUGAUGACCAGUAAGGCUUGUGUGUUUCGUCCUCUUCAUCUUCACAAGUGAAACAAAUGCAAGUAAAGUUGACAUUUUUGUGGUAAUUUAUUGUGAAAUCAAGCUCCCUUCGUAAACUACUUUCAGGUUAUUACAUGUUUUGCUGCAUCUAUUGAACUCUUUUCCUUCAGUACAAGGAGCUGACAAUUAGGGUUUAAUUGUGGGGUUUGCUACAGCUACGAGCUCUGGUAUUCUCUUUUUAUUGGUUGUUUGUGAAUCUCCUUUGUUUAUUCGGCUUUUCGGUAAGUUGGGUGUGUGUUGUUUCGGGAAAGAAAUUUAACCAUCUUGAUGUUGAAGUACUUACCUGUAUUCGGUGAUUGUUGUGUGAUUGGGAGGAACUCUUAUUAGCUAAACUGGUCUGAAAAGGAAACAGUUUCUGGGUUGGGUUCUCUACAUUUCAUCAAAUUGUGGAAUAUUUGGGUCUCGUAGCAGCUUUCAAGGGAAGCUUGUGUUGGUCUUUGGAAAUUCUGUGCUGUUGCUUUAUUAUUUGACUGCUGCACUGGAGCGUUUAGGGGUACCGGGGACGAUGUCUUCGUUGAGUAGGGAACUGGUGUUUCUAAUCUUACAGUUCUUGGAUGAGGAGAAGUUCAAGGAUACAGUUCAUAAGUUAGAGCAAGAGUCUGGUUUUUUCUUCAAUAUGAAACAUUUUGAGGAUCAAGUUCAGGCUGGUGAAUGGGAUGAGGUUGAGCGAUAUUUGUGUGGGUUCACAAAGGUUGAAGACAAUCGCUACUCCAUGAAGAUUUUUUUUGAAAUUAGGAAGCAGAAAUAUUUAGAAGCUCUUGACAGACAGGAUCGGGCAAAAGCUGUUGAGAUUCUUUGCAAGGACCUUAAGGUUUUUGCAUCCUUCAAUGAAGAACUCUUCAAGGAGAUAACUCAGUUGCUUACUCUUGAUAAUUUUAGGCAAAAUGAGCAACUUUCCAAAUAUGGAGACACAAAAUCAGCCCGAAACAUCAUGCUUAUAGAACUUAAAAAGCUUAUUGAAGCAAACCCACUAUUUCGAGACAAGCUUACGUUCCCAGGCUUCAAAAGCUCGCGACUGAGAACUCUAAUAAACCAGAGUCUAAAUUGGCAACAUCAGCUUUGCAAGAAUCCUCGUCCAAAUCCUGACAUCAAAACACUAUUCACAGAUCAUUCUUGCACUCCAACAACUGCUAAUGGGGCUCGGCCUCCUCCUCCCACAAACAGCCCCAUUGUGGGACCAAUUCCCAAGGCUGGUGCAUUUCCUCCAAUUGGUGCCCAUGGUCCAUUUCAGCCAGUUGUUUCCCCAUCUCCUGGUGCUAUUGCUGGUUGGAUGUCAGGCAAUAAUCCGUCUUUGCCUCAUCCUGCUGUAGCAGCAGCGCCUCCUGGUCUUGUGCAGCCUAGUGCAGCUGCCUUCUUGAAACACCCAAGGACACCACCAGGUAUGACUGGGAUUGAUUAUCAAUCAGUUGACUCGGAGCACAUGAUGAAGCGUAUGCGAACCGGCCAAUCUGAUGAGGUGUCCUUUUCUGGUGUAGCACAUACUCCCAAUAUCUAUUCACAGGAUGACCUUCCCAAAACUGUGGUGCGGUCCCUUAAUCAAGGAUCUAGUGUUAUGAGCAUGGACUUCCAUCCGCAGCAACAAACCAUCUUGCUAGUUGGGACAAAUGUUGGUGACAUUAGCCUUUGGGAAGUUGGCUCCCGGGAAAGGUUGGCACAUAAACCCUUCAAAGUAUGGGAUCUCUCAGUUGCUUCAAUGCCAUUGCAGCAGACAGCAUUGUUGAAUGAUGCUGCCAUAUCGGUGAAUAGAUGUGUCUGGGGGCCAGAUGGACUUAUGCUUGGGGUUGCGUUUUCAAAACAUUUAGUGCAGAUUUAUACUUACAAUCCAACUGGAGAACUGAGACAGCAUUUAGAGAUUGAUGCCCACGUUGGUGGAGUUAAUGAUAUUGCAUUUGCUCAUCCCAAUAAGCAAUUAUGCAUCGUAACAUGUGGUGAUGACAAGAUGAUCAAGGUUUGGGAUGCUGUAGCUGGACGCAGACAAUAUACAUUUGAAGGCCAUGAAGCUCCUGUGUAUUCUGUUUGCCCUCAUCACAAAGAAAAUAUCCAGUUCAUUUUUUCUACAGCAAUUGACGGGAAGAUUAAAGCUUGGCUAUAUGAUUCUGUGGGAUCUAGAGUGGAUUAUGAUGCUCCUGGACUUUGGUGUACCAUGAUGGCAUACAGUGCUGAUGGGACUAGGCUUUUUUCAUGUGGAACAAGUAAAGAAGGUGAAUCUCAUCUAGUUGAGUGGAAUGAGAGUGAAGGAACUAUCAAACGGACGUUUUCUGGUUUUAGAAAGCGCUCUUCAGGUGUUGUUCAGUUUGACACAACAAGAAGCCGCUUUUUAGCUGCUGGUGAUGAAUUUCUGAUUAAGUUUUGGGAAAUGGAUAAUAUCAACAUGUUGGCAGCAGUUGAUGCAGAUGGGGGCUUACCUGCAAGUCCUAGACUGAGAUUCAACAAGGAAGGUUCUUUGUUGGCAGUUACAACUAGUGAUAAUGGUAUCAAAAUUUUAGCUAACAAUGAUGGACUGCGCCUGAUAAGGAUGUUGGAUAGCAGGGCUGCUGAUAAAAACUGUAGCCCAUCUGAACCUAUUAACUCUAAGCCACUGAUUCUCAACGCACUUGGACCUGUUUCUUCUGGAAUUGCUCCUGUACUAGAACGCUCAGAUAGAAUCCCACCUGCUAUGUCCAUUAGCAACCUUGGUACAACGGACAGCAGUAGGCUUAUUGAUGUUAAACCACGUAUUUCGGAUGAAUUAGACAAGAUGAGGAGCUGGAAAAUUCCUGACAUUGUUGAUCCAUCUCAAUUGAAAGCUCUGCGUUUGCCUGAUCCUGUAGCUACUGGCAAGGUUGUGCGGCUGAUUUACACAAACUCUGGCUUGGCGCUGUUGGCCCUUGCCUCUAACGCUGUUCAUAAACUUUGGAAAUGGCAGCGCAGUGACAGGAAUCAAUCUGGAAAGGCUACUGCAUAUGUUGCACCACAGUUGUGGCAACCUCCCAGUGGAACUCUUAUGAAUAAUGACAUAAGUGAUACUAAACCAGCUGAGGAAUCUGCCGCAUGCAUUGCUUUAUCUAAAAAUGAUUCUUAUGUCAUGUCUGCGUCUGGUGGGAAGGUAUCUUUGUUUAACAUGAUGACAUUCAAGGUCAUGACGACAUUUAUGUCCCCACCUCCUGCUGCCACAUUUUUGGCAUUCCAUCCUCAGGAUAAUAAUAUUAUUGCUGUUGGCAUGGAAGAUUCUUCAGUGCAAAUUUAUAAUGUCAGAGUUGAUGAGGUUAAAACAAAGCUUAAGGGUCACCAAAAUCGCAUAACAGGACUUGCUUUUUCCCAAAGUUUAAAUGUACUGGUGUCUUCUGGUGCUGAUGCACAGCUAUGUGUGUGGAGCAUUGAUGGAUGGGAGAAAAGGAAAUCAAGAUUUAUACAGGCACCACCGGGUCGCCAAUCCCCAUUGAUUGGCGAAACUAGAGUCCAAUUUCACAAUGAUCAAACACAUCUAUUGGUUGUCCAUGAAACCCAAGUUGCCAUUUAUGAUAGCAAACUUGAAUGCUUGCGAUCAUGGUAUCCAAAGGACACGCUUACUGCCCCCAUUUCAAGUGCAAUAUAUUCGAGUGAUGGUUUGCUGGUAUAUACGGGUUUUUGUGAUGGAGCUGUUGGAGUUUUUGAUGCAGAUGGCUUGAGGGUGAGGUGCCGAAUAGCACCUUCUGCUUACAUACCUCCAUCUGUGGCAGGCAACAAUGCAUAUCCUUUGGUGAUAGCAGCUCAUCCAUCUGAGCCCAAUCAGAUUGCACUUGGCAUGAGUGACGGUGCAGUGCAUGUGGUUGAACCUUCUGAUGUGGAGCUCAAGUGGGGUGGGCCAUCCUCUCAAGACAAUGGGUCCCUCCCUUCUAAUUCAUCAAAUCCUCCUAUGAGUGGUCAACAAUCAGAGCUUCCUUCCAGGUGAUGGGGGCAUAGCUAAGCAGCUGCUAUACAGCCUAAGUUGUGCACUUACACAAGUUUUACUGAUUAUCCCUACUUUUUGCUCUGAUCAAUUGCUUUAAAUUAUGGCCUGUUAUUUAUAUUCAUUGUAAAUCUCUCUCUCUCUCGCUCUCUCUCUCUCCAUAUAUAUAUUAUCUCUUAUGGGGGCCAUUUUGCUUCUUUGGAUGUUUUAAGGAAAUUGUAUAAUUUUGUUCCACUAAUGCUGUAAGAAUAGAGGCUAAUUUCUGCAUUUCAUCAGCACUGCAAGAGGUUUACUGGACGUAUGUAUAGACGUUUUCCUUCAGACGAAUUACUUGAUAGACGGUUACCUGGUGGCUUGUUAUCAGAUGAUGGGGGCUUGUGCUCUGUUCAUCAUUAAUAGACCACUAGUACUACUGUAUUUUGUGA